UUUGCUCGCACCCCGUAGCCUGAAGACACCACUCCCCUGGACGCCUCCUCCCUGGUUUGCUGUCACUUACUCUCACGCACUACAGACUUCACACUUCCAACGCUUGCUUCCUCCAGACGCUCAGUGCUUAUUGUUUCUGUGUGUUUUUGAGCUCUGGUGUUUGCAGUUGGACCAUGUCAUGCAGGCUUUAGCAGCAUGUGGACGGCAGCGCUUGUUGUGUUCCUCUUUUCGGCUCCCUGUCAGCAUCUCUGGGCUCAGGAGGGGGCCAUCGCUCCUCAGGACUGCAGCCUGGACUGCAUCAAAGAGGGAGGACCUGGAUGUGAAUACUGCAGAAUAACCAGAGCUGAUGUCAAGACAGCUCUGGGCUUUAACUCUUUUAAAGAGUUUGGAAGCUGUAUUCCCUGGCCAUGUUUUGAGUUGCUAGGAGAAAAAGACCCAAGAAUCUGUCAGCACUACGUCCACGGUCCAAAUAAUGUGGAGAUUGAAUUUGUAAAUGAACCAAACUCAGAAUCUGACACCAUAGUUGUCUCCUGGAAGCCCAGCUACUAUGGGAUCGCCUUCCUGCGAGGCUUUCAGGUGUCACUCCAGGCUCUGGGAGGGUCAAGUUUUGCCUGUCAGCUCUUCCUCUUCCACCGUAACCUCUCCCUGCCUGCUUCACAAUCCAAAAGGGUGUACAAGUCGGACCCUUUCCCCGGCCUCCCCCUGGGGUCCCAGUAUGCUGUUACUGUCAUGGCCCUGCCGGUGCCUGAGGAGUGGGAGAGGUUCUACCGCAGCAGGAACUUCUCCUCACGCUCAUGUGCAGAAAAGAACGGUCUUGAGAAGUGCAAAAAAGAUUGGUACCCCAAACACAUCGAGGUGCAACAGGAAGGGACAGCCAUCACCGUGACCUUUAACCUGGCUCCUCCACAGCUGGGCAUCAGGAGCUACUUCUCCCUGUGUUACGCUAACAGCAUGAAGAAAUACACAGACAUCUCUCCUAAUUUCAAGAAAAACAAGACUCACCACAGCUUUCAGAUGAAUGACCUUCAAGAAGGAACCAAUUACACUUGUCAGAUUGCAGCUGACGAAAUGGACGCAGUAAGGAAAACCUUCAAUGUUCAGGUGUUGCACUUGCACAAAGCAGUUUCAACACCUCACUCUGUGAGUCCCUCAUUGGCUCUGAUGCUUCCACUGGGCCUGUCUGUGGCAGCCAUAUUUGUAGUCCUAGUGGCUGCUCUCACCUGGAAGACCAGGCUGCAGAUGAAGAAAGUGUACAUUAAACCAGAUAUUAUAAGGCAGCAAGAAGAGAGCGGCACUCAAGAGGGAGUGAUGCCUCUGCCCAGAAACAGGCCGACCCCUCCUCGUCUUCUGAUUUGCUACAGCAGCUGUGACGGCCCCGCCCAUGUUAAAGCCGUCAUGCAGUUAGGGGCCUUCAUACAGCAGCACAUGGCCACUCAGGUGUGCCUGGACCUGUGGGACUCUCUGAGCGUUGCUGAGGAGGGCGGCAUGGCCUGGCACUGCCGGCAGAUCCGGGAGAGUGACUUCAUCUUGGUGAUAUGUUCCAUGGGCCUGAACCGCAGGAGUAAGCCUUCAGAGGGCGAUGAAGAUGAAGGGGCACACGAAGGACUCCACUAUGGCUCUAACGCCUUCUGCUCUGAAGCUGCAGUUAAACUUAUUGGAGAGGAGGUGGGCCACGCCAAAGCCAGGGGCCAGGACUUGUCCAAAUACAUGGCGGCCAUUUUUGAUUAUUCCGAUGAAACUGACAUCCCCACCGAACUGAGGCUAGUUUCUCACUACAUAUUGACACGCGAUUUACAGCUGCUUUUCUCCCACCUCCAUGGAGUGGCUCUGCACGGGCCGGGGCAUUACCUGAAGAUAAAUCAUAUAUCAGAGGACGGGUUUACUAAGUUACCAUCCGGAGCUGCUCUGCAGUGGGCUAUUUAUGAGGCUCGGACGGAGAUAACGGCAAAAAGGCAUCACUCUGUGGGAAGUGAAGGGGACUAAUACCCCAUUCACACCAACGGUGUUUCAGGGCCGGUUCGGAGCUGGAGCUUGAAAAGCACCGGGUUUUCCUGUUCACACCGCAGCGGAGCAGCCUCUAAGCUCCGGAAUCCGGUUCGUUUCGAGCACCAAAAAGUUGUCCGUCUA